AUGGAUUGUGGGUAUCAUGAGGGAUUGGGGCUCAUUGGAGCCUUUGUAGUAAUAUGGGUCACCUCUGCGGAAAUAAAUCAGAGGAUUUUCAUAGAGUAUAAACAGCCAUUUGCCAUCACUUACCAUGGAGUGUUUCUAAUGUUCACCGAUAAGGAUCCUCUCAGUAUUUUCGUGAGGCCUACGACGAGCUACGAUGACCUUGGUAAUUCUGUGCUACAGAAACUUGGUCUGCAUGGGGUGAAGCGGGUUAAGAAGUUUUUCUAUCGCAUUCCAAUCUCGGUGCUGAAGGAAAUCGUGAAGUACGAUUGUUUCACGAUCGGGAGUGAUGAGGACUUGCAGGCCAUGUUUCAUUGUCGCCUGCAGUUUCCUGAAGUUAGGUGGUGCGGCACGUUAGCCAGUUCUAGCUCCAGACCUGCUGGUGCAUCUUUCUCCGUUCCUGUGUAUGAACCUCCGGUCCAGCCUGUCGCGUACCAUUCGUUCGCUAUUGAUCUCAACUAUAGUGGAGGCGGGGAGGUUGGAGUAGGGGAUUUUGUGCCGACCUCUUUACAGUGUGCUGCACCGGUUGGUCUUGGAGAUGCAUUGUUGAAUGAUCUAGACGAUGAUGAUGUGGAGCCGGAUAUCAUUGUUGAUGACAACGGCGAUGAUAUUGGAGCGAGUGAGCCUGCUGGGGCGGGACGUGGUUCUAGCUCUGGCACACAGCAGUACCCUCCGCACUUUUCCUCUUUGGACUUGGAUUCCAUGAGGCAGGAAAGGGGUUCCUGGGAGCCUGCUAGAUUUGGUGCUAGAGAUGCCGAAGGGUCUGCAGGUCUUACAGAGUUUCAGGUUGGUCAGCAAUUUCAGGAUAAAAAUGAGGCCGUGUUAAGUGUGAAGACAUACAGCAUCCGACGCGGGGUACAGUACAAGGUGGUGGAGUCUGACUAUCAUCGGUAUGUUGGGAAGUGUUCUGAGUUUGGGAAUGGGUGCACAUGGUUGAUUCGUCUUAGUCUCCGGUAG